GCAACAGUAGCCGGAAAGACCCAGCAGGCAACUGCACUCGUGAAGAAAAAGGAAAAGGUUUUUUGAAAUACUACUCUGCGCCUAACAAUGGGAGAGCGAUUUCAUCUUCCAGAAGUUGCCAGCACCUUGCUCCCUGUGGCCCUCUGCAUUUUGACCCUUCUGCCCCACAGCAUUCUGGGUAGACCUGCAGAGGAGGAAAACGCAGGCAGCUCAGCACUGCUGCAGAGGGUGAAGAGAGGCUGGGUGUGGAACCAGUUUUUUGUGCUGGAGGAGUACACCGGACUGGAACCACUUUAUAUUGGAAAGCUCCACUCAGAUAUGGAUAAAGGCGACGGCUCCAUUAAGUACAUCCUAUCGGGCGAGGGCGCGGGCACCACCUUCACCAUCGACGACAGCACGGGGGACAUCCACGCGCUCCAGAGGCUGGACCGGGAGGUGAAGUCCCAGUACCUCCUCCGCGCCCAGGCUCGCAACCGCCUGACGGACAGACCUCUGGAGCCCGAGUCCCAGUUCAUCGUGAAGAUCCAGGACAUCAACGACAACGAGCCCAGGUUUCUGGACGGGCCCUACCAGGCGACUGUGCCCGAGAUGUCCAAUAUAGGAACAUCUGUGAUCCAGCUGACUGCUACGGACGCCGACGACCCCACGUACGGCAACAGCGCUCGGGUGGUCUACAGCAUCGUGGAGGGCCAGCCCUACUUCUCUGUGGACGCUAAAACCGGCGUGGUCCGUGUGUCCCUGGCAGACAUGGACAGGGAGACCAGGGAGAACUACACCGUGGUCAUCCAGGCCAAAGACAUGGGGGGCCAGCUGGGGGGGCUCGCCGGCACCACCACGGUCAACGUUAUGCUCGGCGACAUCAACGACAACCCGCCCAUGUUUGACCAGAGGCUGUACCAGAUGAGCAUCCCAGAGGCGGCCCCCGUGGGGUCAGUGGUGGGGCGUAUCUGGGCCAAGGACAGGGACAUUGGGCUGAACGCAGAGAUGGUGUACAGCAUCAUCGAUGGAGAUGGAAGGGACCAGUUUGACAUCAGCACCGACCCCACCAACCUUUUUGGCAUCAUCACAGUGAAAAAGCCACUGAACUUUGAGGGCAAACCUAGUUACACUCUGAAGGUGGAGGGCGCCAACAACCACCUGGACCCCUCACUGCGCCACCGCGGGCCCUUCAAGGACGUCACCAUCGUGCACGUGAGCGUGGAGGACGUGGACGAGCCCCCGCAGUUUGAAUCCCCUGAGUACUACGUGGAGCUGUCAGAGGACGCAGAGAUCGGCACGUUGGUGAAGACCAUUUCAGCUAGAGACCCCGACGCUGCCAACCACACUGUGAGGUAUUCCAUCGACAAGUCCAGCGACCCCGAGAAGUUCUUCUACGUGGAACUCACUACUGGCUCUCUGAUGACUGUGCGCUCGCUGGACCGAGAGGAGAUCGGCUGGCACAACAUCACCGUCCUCGCCAUGGAGAUGAAUAACCCCACAAAGAUCUCCAGUGUGUCGGUGGCUGUGAGGGUCCUCGAUGUCAACGAUAAUCCUCCUACGCUGACGCACUACUUGGAGGCUUAUGUGUGUGAGAACGCUAAAGCGGGACAGCUGGUCCAGACGGUGACGGCGGUGGAUCCCGAUGAGCCGCUGGGGGGGCAACGCUUCUACUACAGCCUGGCUCCAGAGGCCGCUAACAACCCUAACUUCACCCUCAGAGACAACCAAGACAACACGGCGUGGAUUCUGACGCGGCGGGGGGGCUGGUCUCACCAGGACCAGACCGUCUUCUACCUGCCCAUCUUCGUCUCUGACGGGGAGCAGCCGGUGCAGAGCAGCACGAGCACGCUGACCGUCCGCGUGUGCAGCUGCGACCACGACGGAAACGUCCUGUCCUGCACCGCCGAGGCCUACACCCUGCCGGCCAGCCUCAGCAGGGGGGCGCUCAUCGCCAUCCUCGCCUGCAUCUUCGUCCUGCUGGUGAUGAUCCUGCUCAUGCUCUCACUGCGCACACACCGUAAGAAGCCCUUCCUGUGUGACGAGGAGGAGAACGUCCACGAGAACAUCGUGCGCUACGACGACGAAGGUGGCGGCGAGGAGGACACCGAGGCCUUCGACAUCGCCGCCAUGUGGAACCCACGAGAGGCGCACCACCACCCGGGCAAGAUGAGGCAGGACAUGCUGCCGGAGAUCGAGAGUCUGUCGCGCUACGUCCCUCAGGCGUGCGUCAUGGGCGGGGGGGACAGCAGCGUCCACGGGUACGUGCUGGCCAAGCUCCUGGACGCCGACAUGGACGCGUGCGCCCCGCCUUACGACUCCCUGCAGACCUACGCCUACGAGGGCGAGGGUUCGGUGGCAGAGUCGCUCAGCUCGCUCCAGUCGGGGACGUCCAACACGGACCACGAGUACGACUAUCUCAACGACUGGGGGCCACGCUUUAAAAAACUUGCCGAGAUGUACGGCGUGCUGGAGACGAACACUCCUCAGAUGUGGUAGAACGUCAGAACCAUUGCCUUUUAACUCCGAGAAAAGCUACACCGACACAACAACAUCAGAGAAGUGCCACAAACACGUGCAUAAUAAAGCCAGGUGUGCUCUCACCUCCACAUCCAUGACUGUUACUGUAGCACUUGAAUUCCUGCCUGGAUUCUCCACAGCCUUGAAGGCCUGAGAGCCCGCAGCAGCAGUGUGAGCUGCUUUUAAAUCUCCCCCAGAGACUGAGGCUGGAUGGCAGCCUUGUGAGGCCCACAGAGGAGCAGCUUCAAAGCACAGCUAACCCCCCCUCCUGACCCCCCCCCCAAAGUCAGAGCCGUCUUUGGUUCAAAGUGAGGAGCGGUUUAUGCCAGAGAUGAAAACAAGAGAGACCUUACUCACAGCAACACAGGAGUAAAAACUCUGAAAAGCUGAAGUUGGCAGGACAACUGUGAGGGGGGGAAAUGAAAAACAAAAGCCUGCAAUUGGAGAUACGUCUUUAUUUGUUUCAUCUGCGGCAAGUCUUAAUUUAUUCCUUUGUUCCAUGUGCUGUAUUUAUAUUUUUUGCUAACUUAUUUGGGUACUUCAAACCAACACUGUACUUGUACGGCCGCUAUGUGAAGAAGUCUUCAAAAGAUCACGUAUAUGUUGUAACAUAUAUUUUCAUUCUGUGUGAUGACACGUUUCUCGAAAUGUCACAUGACAUGCGCAGGAAAUGGAGAUGCUGUAAUCCCAUUUGGGUUGAUAUGUUUAUCGUAUUAUUGUUUUUGUAUUGUAACUCUGGUCUUUCCCUAAACAUAAAGCAGUAAUACAUUCAUGAGGAUGUUAAGGAAGCCAUUUUUGGAUCUGGAUUUUUCCCAGCAGGCUUGGAAAGCAAACGAGGCUUUCACUUUCAUUUCUGGUACCGACAACAAGGCUUGAUGUGUCCUGUGUUGCUUUUCUGCCACCACACAAAAGUGGCUUAAUCCUCCAAUUCUGUGGACUUCAAAGACAUUUAUAAUCUGCAUUAAGUGCCAAAUGUACAAAAAGGACAAAAAAGACGUUUUGGAUGAAACAUAAAAGAAAUCACACACACCACCAAAAGAUAAGAAAAUGGAUUUUGCAAACUGGAAAUGAAGUAGAGGAACAUUUUGAUAAUUUGAUUGGGUGACGUUUACUUGAAAUCAUUGUGGUCAGUCAUGCUGCAGUAAGUGGUAUGUGAAUGUAGGUAUUUUUUUGUA